GACUGCUGUGGAUAUUUCAAGACUGGAGCAUACAUUUAAUUCUUUAUAGAGUAAUUUACCCCCCGGUGGAGCACCCCAUGUCCAAGAUGUCCCAAUCCUCCACCAGUGACGAGGGUACGACCUUUGAGCACCUGUGGAGCAGUCUGGAGCCGGACAGUACAUAUUUCGAGCUUCCUCAGACCAGUCAUCCAGGGGACAGGGGGCCAUCCAGCAGCCUGCCCAAUAACCGGGCCGAAGUGUGCAUGGACGUCUACCAAAUGAGAGACCUGAAUGACAACGUCAUGUCUCAGUAUAGCUUGCUGAGCAGCAGUAUGGAGCAGGGAUUGGGGAACCGCGCAGCGUCCACCAGCCCCUACAGCUCCGAGACUGCAUCCAACGUUCCCACGCCAUCACCCUACUCGCAACCCAACUCCACCUUUGAAGCCAUGUCCCCAGCCCCUGCCAUCCCCUCCAACACGGACUACCCCGGGCCACACAGCUUCGAGGUGACUUUCCAGCAGUCAAGCACAGCCAAGUCAGCCACUUGGACGUAUUCUCCAUUGCUGAAGAAGCUGUACUGUCAGAUUGCUAAAACCUGCCCAAUUCAAGUCAAGCUUGCCUCUGCCCCCCCGCAUGGCAGCGUGGUACGAGCCAUGCCCAUCUACAAGAAGGCAGAACAUGUGACUGAAGUUGUCAAGCGCUGCCCCAACCAUGAGCUUGGACGAGAAUUCAACGAGAGUCAGUCAGCUCCAGCCAGCCAUUUGAUAAGAGUGGAGGGGAAUAAUUUGUGUCAGUAUGUGGACGAUCCAGUAACGGGUAGACAGAGUGUCCUUGUACCGUAUGAGGCUCCACAGGUGGGAACAGAGUUUACAACAAUUUUGUAUAAUUUUAUGUGCAACAGCAGCUGUGUUGGUGGAAUGAACCGCAGACCUAUCCUCAUCAUUAUUACCCUGGAGACAAGAGAUGGUCAAGUACUAGGUCGGCGCUCUUUUGAAGGACGGAUAUGUGCGUGCCCAGGCCGAGACCGCAAAGCAGACGAGGAUCACUUCAGAGAGCAGCAGGCAUUGAAUGAAAGUGUGGCCAAGAACGGCAAUGCCAAUAAACGCAACUUCAGACAGACCCCACCCAACAUUCCAGGCACUCCUAUCAACAUCAAAAAAAGGAGACAUGGAGAAGAGGAGAUGUACUACAUCCCAGUACGAGGCAGGGAGAAUUUUGACCUCCUCAUGAAGAUAAAGGACAGUUUAGAGUUAGUGGAACUGGUACCACAGCAGUUAGUAGACUCCUACAGGCAACAGCAACAGCAGCUACUGCACAGACAGGGUCACGUGACCUCUCCUUCUUCCUAUGGAACCCCACUGAGCAACAUGAAUAAAGUCCAUGGAAACAUCAGCAAGCUUCCCUCAGUCAACCAAAUUGUGGCCCACCAGACACAGCAGAACGCAGGGCCCUCUAGCAUGGCACACAUGGGUGCAAACAUGCUAGGUGGCCAUCAUAUGCAGUCAAAUGGUGAUGUGAACGGAGCACACUCAGCCCAGGCUAUGGUUUCUGCCUCUCACUGCACCCCUCCUCCACCCUACAACCCAGACCCCAGCCUCGUCAGUUUCUUAACCAGCCUGGGCUGCCAAAACUGCAUUGAUUACUUCACAUCGCAGGGCCUCCAGAGCAUCUACCACCUGCAGACCCUCUCCAUGGAGGAUCUUGGGGCUCUUAAGAUCCCAGAGCAGUUCCGCUUGGCCAUCUGGAGGGGCCUGCAGGACAUGAAGCAAAGUCAUGACUAUGGACAGCAGCUUAUCCGCUCCAGCAGUAACAUGGCUACCAUGGCCAUCGGUCCGAGUGGGGAGUUGCAGAGGCAGAGGGUCAUGGAGGCCGUACACUUCCGUGUGCGUCACACCAUCACCAUUCCCAACCGCGGUGGUCCUACAGGGGGAGAGGAGUGGGCAGACUUUGGUUUUGACAUGCCAGACUGUAAGACACGCAAGCACUCCAUCAAGGAGGAGUUUGCAGAGGGCGACAUUCGCUGAGAGGGAAUGCUCACUCACAGAGACAAUGCUGACCCAUUUUGUUGUUUCUUUUUCAUACUUUGUUGAUCCCCCUCAACCCACCCAUGCCAGAAAUGGACAACUGUUACUUGAUUUCAAUGUCAAUACAGUUGAUUUUUUUCAUUACCUUACUUUUGCAGGGUACUAACACAUGCACAAUGCAACAAACACCUUCAAGACCUCCUGUACAGAGUACUGUUGUAGGGAUGGGAAGAACAUAAUGUUUUAAACCACAUCUAUUAUUAUGAGUUGCUAGUUUUUGGAUAUACUUACCUUCUAUCUAAUACUAACUGGACAUUUUGUCUGUUAUACAUGAGUGCAUUUUGUAGGUUUGCAGUUACUGACCACCUGUUGUUGCACAUUUUGUCAGCCAUUCACUCAUUCCCCAUCCGCCAACGAAAAGGACUGCCACAUGACCACAACUAACCAGAUAUUACUUGGGUGGUGGACCAUUCCAAGCACAGUAGCAGCACCGCUAUGGUAGUGGCUGUUGUGCUGGUAUGAGUGUGUUAGAAUGUACAUUGUAAACUUACUGGCCACAUUAUUAGAAUCACCUACCUUGUUGGACUACGUUGUCCUACACAGUUAGAGAUGAUAUAUCACUUAUUGCUGCAGAGUUUGUGCUAGUCAUCAUCUAACCCUUCAUCAGUAUUUAGUUUCUGACCACAGCACCACUGCUGGCUAGAUAUUUUUGGUUGACAGAUUACUCUCAGCUCAGCACUGACACUUUGAUGUUCACAAAUUCAAACAAAACUGCCAUGUCUGAUACAUUUAUACCAGUGCAAGGACCGAUUAUGUGUCUCUACCAUGAUGUUGUCACUUCUGUGCUCUACUAGUCAAAUAAUAUCCUGUCAGCAGUGGUGAUCCCUUUUCAAUGAUAGGGGUAGAGGGUCGCUGACCAGUUGUUUUAUAGCAGCAGAUAGCCUAUGGUCAGUAAUUCUAAUGAUAUAUCUACAAAGUGCACCUGAAUUGAAGGUACACCUAAUAAAAUGACCAAAGGCUGUAGAUAAAAGGUAACUGUACCUAAUAAACUGGCAACUUAGAGUAAAUUACAUUUGUAUUACAUUCAAAAUAUGACAGGUAUGAAGGUAAAAAUUCACAUCGAGUGAUACAAAAGGUACUAAUGGCUUGGGCCACUGAAUAAUAAGGGUUGCUCUAUACACAUGACUUUUUGGUUUUGACCUAGAGAAAAGUACAUAUUGGUCUAUUUGAUCAUAAACCCAUAAAUCACAAAAUCAUGAAUGAUGUGGCUUCAUAUCAUGUCAGAAUUAAAUUGUCAGGUGUAAUUCGUCAUCAGUAAUACCAACACUUUGGUGUAAGACAAAGUUCUGAGCUCAUAGGGUCCCUAGACUAAAAUAUCUUUAAUUACAACUA